AUCGUCAUCGCGUAAUAGUCUCGAAAUAUUACAGUUACACAUACGAAAGGGUUCAGUUUUCAGCCAAUUAUCAACGCUGAUUCGUUCUCGUUGAUCACAACAAAAUAGCAGUGUUGGUGUUUUAUCACUUUAAUAUUCAGUGCUCAAGCUCCUGCUGCCUCGAGGUAGCUUUUGUAGCGCUCUCUUGUAUUACAAGCCACGAAAAAAGCUAGAAGUAGACUUAACACACGUCCAAAAAACUGAAAAUGCUUUGUUGACUUGGCGAUUUAUGGUUAGUUUUUCUAAAUUUCGAGACUAUUACGUAAUGUCAAAUUCAUGAUAAACCUUGCGCAGGUAGACAAGUUGAUCGGUAGAUUCUACUACGUUUCUGAGAGCGGCGGAAAAGCAAUAAUCUCUCACUAAAAUCGUUUUUUUGGACGUUCAAACUGCCUUCCGCCACACAUUUCCUUCUCGUGAGUUGAUGUUUGCCCCGCGGCGAUCUCAGAAAUCUGGAUCCUAUUACUGGCAACUCAUUCAUUAAGCCCUCUCAGAGAUAACGGGAGAAAAAAGUUUCAAUAGUUGGAUGUAACUGAACCCUACUCGCAAUAGAAGAAAAGCAGUUUACUGGAUGGAUGUAACUGAACCCCAAACGUGUAAAUGAUACCAGUUUAAUAAAAGAUAACGAAGGGCUAACGCUGGAAAAGUCAGCAUUACAAACACCUUACGUUGGCCAAGUUAUGUUAAAAACUAAACUAUCAUGUCAUACCUCCUCAGUUUUUUUAGAAGCUAACUAGCCCCAAAAAUAACAAUGUAUUUCGUAAUAGAUAUCGACCAACAUGAAAUAGCUGUAAUUGUUUUUUUGCUUAUGUCUGUUAGGACAUGGCGUUUUAUCCCGAUUACGUGAAACUCGCCACGCAUGAAGUUCCAUUUGCAAGGUCUAAGAUGCGAGUACUUUGUCCUUCUAUCACAAGAGGAUUCCCAGCGUUCACGGGAUAUAUUUGUACAAGAAAAAGAAUGUCAAAUACUUGCCAGAGGAUUUCGUGGCUGGAAGAGACAAUGAUGGGACAAAGAGAGAAAUUCAGGACGUUGACCGAAAUAUUUCGAUUUCAUUAAGUGAUUUUUAGCCUGAGGUGGAAAGCAUUGUGGUUUCUAAACGUAGUCUCUUCAUUAUUUCCGAAGUCAGUAUGAUAUUCAAAGAAUCUCAUCGCUGUUCACUAAUAAAUCAAUCUUACUUACAGGCGACCAGACUUGCUUGAAAGAGGGCGGAUAUCGUUUAAUUUCCGAAAAAAGUGAGUAUCCUGUGCUUUAUCUAUGCCGUAAACGUCAUUGAUUUCUUAAGCCAAUACUAAGUCUUACAAGUAAACACACGCGCAUGGGGUAGUCGAGCUAUAACGUAUCUUAGUCCCAUAAUGUUCUCUAGGUGACUAGAAUGACGCUGAAUUUGGUCUUAGUCAGGACUAAGGAAUUUUUGAGCAACUUCGCAAGGCAUCACACUCGUACAAUUUGAAAGCUGUUUGUUGACGAGUCCGGGCUCUUGGCCGAGACAAAUCGCUCUCUUAUUAGCAACGCACUGAUAUUACGCAUAUGAUACAUAUGCAAAUUUUAGAACAACCAAGUAUUACGGUCCAAUAAAUAUACUUCGAAGUAUUAAAAUUAAAGAAUUAAAAUAGAAAAUUAAAAUCGUAAUUCUAAGGUUUAACGUAGAACACAAAAUGUUGCAUACAUUAAAUUAUGUUUUCGAGCCCCGUGGGGGGCUCCCCUAGGGGCAAUGAGCCAGACCAAAACAACAUAAACAAAACCGUUGAAGUUGUGGUGGAUGCACCCAAAAGUUCGCUGCCUAAAGAAUCAAGGCUACAAAACCGAUGGAAUGAAAGUCUGGAUCGUUUGUUGUGCUUAUUUGGUUGCUCCGCUUUGCGUUCGAAAGUUGGCCUUGUUCUACAGUGAAAUGCCGACGCAUGUUCGCACGCGAUCCGUUGCUCUAAUACGAGGGGCCAAUAUAAUGAAAUGGCCUAAUUAUGAAAUAAUAGGAGAUCUUAUUCUUAUGUUCACUUAGCGCACGUUAAGGUGGUGUUGCACGGUUGCAGAACUUGGAGAAUGACUCAAUUGGAUGAGAAGAAGCUGAAUGCUUAAAGCUUGUGAGCAGUGAAGAGUUUAGGAGAAGAGGGAACAUCUAGACCUUAAUGGUAUAGAUAUUAUAUAGAAGACGAAGAUGACUGGGCCGCUUUCCUAGAAUAGACCAACAGUCCAACGCGCUAUUGUACUCACGUGAGUGCCACCAAAUAAAAGAAGGCCAGGAUGACCACACGAAACGUAGCAAAGGACAGUGGGAAUAGAACUUAAAUGGAGCGAGAACUAAGAACCAGGAUUGGAGUAGCCACAACUACGAAGGAUAGAACAUCCAAGAAAGCGAGAGAGAGUGCUACUAAUCUCCCACCGACCCAAGGAGAGCAGCGAACAAUGAUGAUAAAAGCCGCAACGGCCUCAAAGCACCACUGUACACCGUAGGUAGACGUGGGGCAGACGUUCGACAAUAAUAUUUCGUAUUCACAUAAAAUGAGGUUUUAAAGCAGCUAGGGAAAGGGUGAUCUCGUAAUGGUAAUGGUAAUUUAUAGUAGCGGGAAUGUAUAAUGAAAUGCGACGAGAAAUGACGCAUCUCUUUGAGGUUCCCUAUCAACGUUUCUGCUUCCGUUGAACCAUCUAAAUGAGUUAGCUACAGUUAUCCUUUCCAAUUCUGAGUCCCAUUUAACUCGUAAAAUCCUCAUACUUUGUACUUACCCUUACCCCGAAAUUUAUGCCCGUUUAGGGCGGAUCCGGGUGUCCCUGUAUAACCCUUCUUAAGAGGUGCCCACUUCGAAGCUCAGAUUUUUUGCCGUCUCCUUUAAUUUUGGAUCGGGCAACAGAAGGAGGGUAGGAGGAAGGGUGUGGGUAUCUCCCGUUUCCCGCAGAAUGCUCUGGUCUUGUCUCUCGCACCUUUAACUCCCGUCCCUCGCCCUUUUCUGCGAAACGUUACAAAUCAGUCUGCCGCAUUUCUCCUCUGUUUCCUGACCUCACUGGAAAGCCGCUUCCUCUCCUUUCCUAUUCCGUCCCUUAACUCCUGCUUUACCCCCCCCCCCCUUGCAUUUGCUGUAGUUUACUCUUUACCGCCUAAUUCAGUGGUUAUGAAGAACCUUAAGCAGUCAGGAUGGCGACGCCAAGGAAGACGUCGUUGAUGGCUGUUAGCCGUGUCCUCGUUGCCUUCACCGUCGUGGUUUUCUUGGGGUCCCUAUUCUCAGUACGGGAACCGUACAACCUGCCAAAACCUCAUUGUAAAUGUGCUGUACCAAAGAAAAGUAAAUUGCCGAUUCUAAGCUCUACACAAAGACCCUGACGCAAUAGCAAAGGCAAUGAAUCAUCCACCUCUCUUAGUUUUUAACUGGAAAAAAUUUUGGAUUUUCAAACAACUCGACACAGCCGGAAAACAUUACGUGACACCGUUUGCGUGAGAGACAUGAGAGUUUAUCUCCUAAACCAAAAUAGUACUAUGGAACCUGCGCAAGCCUUGAACUUUCCGCUGCUGUCUCCAAUUCUUCAACCUGUUCUCAGUUUCCCGUAGCGAUUCGUAUCAGCGAAAUUCUUCCUUUGCUCUUUCCCAGCAAUUCAGGAGCUCUUUUACGACAAAUGGCAAGCUGUCAAAUGGAAAUGUUAGUAACUUGUAAACUGAGCCAUCUAUCGUGAUUCCUCUUCUGUUGGAUUUAUUCCAAUAAAGAACUACUUUGAUAAGAAGAAAAGGAAACGAGGUUACGUGUCAUAUUUUCCACAUCGUAUUUUUCGCCAACAGACGCUGCGGUUCUUUUCAGUAAUACCGUGCUGGUCUGGCAUUUCAAAUUAAUAGAAAACACAAGGUGCUUUUCAGACAUCCUGUGUUCUUUGCACUAAACACGGCAACGGAAAUACUACAAAGAAGCGUCUCAUGUGUUUACAUCCUUUUGUUUCAGAUGCGCACUAGAUUAAACAAUGACAAAAAGUGUUACAAACAAAAAAAAUCAAGAUUAUUUGUUUUGAUCUACGGAGCUAAUUUAUUAUGUAAAUUGGCCUCCACAAAGAGUUUCUAAUGCUAACUUAUCAAGAGUUAGACCUUUGUCAAAGCGAAAAAAACGAGUUAAACAAAAAAAGGGAGCCAAAACUUCUGCGGAAACCAAAAAUGUCAGUUUAUGGUUUCCAAUUUGCUAGUAUAAUCCGAUGCUAUCUGUGCAUAGGAAAAAGGCAGUGUGAUUUGCAUCUUAGAGACUAUAAAUCACCUUACGUUGGCCCACGAUGUGAUCACAUGGUCCUUAAUUGUAAUCAAUGUCGUACGAUCAUGUCAGGUGACUAAGUGACAGCCCAUAACAUCGGAACAUGACAUAUUUGCGUGACAAGCCUCGUUUGUCCUUAGGCGCUCUCGCUAUUACUGUUGACAUUCGUCCUGGCCUCACCAUCUCUCGCGAUAACGUGGAACGUCGAGAAACGCAACUGUUCAAAAUGACUUGGUUACUCCUCCUUGUAUUAUCUGUAAUGGAUAUAGCCGCAGUCUAUUUCAAUGUACGAAUGCUGAUAAUCUGUUUCAAAGACAAAACGAAAUACAAAUUUCUGGAAAGUUGCAGGGUACUGGCCAUUUGUCAAGGCGCUUGCCAUCUCAUAAUUCUUGUUGCGGAUACUGCAGAAUGGUGGAACGGCUUCACUAUUCUCCCUGGUGAAACAUGCAGCUUCUUCAGAGUCCUGUCACUUUCCGUGAUGUUCUACCAGACUUGUAAUUUGACGGCAAUGAUGACGGUUUACAAUGAACACGGAACCCAAGACGCAAGUUCGAAAGUUCGAAUGUACGCCGCGCUUAGUAUGGGAGGUGUUGGGACUUCAUUGAUCGCAUGGCACAAUUGUUUUGCUCAAGCGCCGACUUCUCUAUUUGCCCUCAAAGCUGCCUUCGUUUUGGUUGUGACAUUUUUGAUCUUGCUUCUUGCGGCAGCUCUUUUCACGAACGAUGAAUACAACACACUGGAGUCACAGGCCGCCAUCUACACUUCAGCUUCGCCGUUUUGGGUUCGUAAAGAAAACAUGAGGCCCUUAUUCUUCACAACUUUGACGCUACCAUGUCUUGUUUGGAUCCUUAGCGGAGUGCCCAAUACUGACUCGCUGCUUUACGAAGAUUAUGAACAAGUAACAUUGUUCAAGGAGGCUCUUUAUUCAGUGAUCACCAAAUUUGCAGUCGGAAUUGUUUUACCGGUGACUUUGUAUGAUUUGAUAAAUUCGAGCUAUGUAGACAGGAAAAAUCAAAUUAUGGCAUCUAUUAUUUAAGAAGAAACUGGAUUUAGAGCGAAAACAUAAAUCUCUCUAAAGAAAUCAGUAUUUUAUUUGUUACAUUCUACAAACUAACUGCAGAGUCGAAGACUUUUCCGGCAUUCAAUGGAUAAGGAUGUACAGCGCGAUUCUGUGAAAAGAAGCACAAAGUUUUGUUAUGUAAUUAUGUCUCGGAAUAUCUUUUAGAGAUACUUAGUUGGGUUUCUUGCCUUUAUGAAGGAUUUACUUCGAUAUGAAUUCGAUACAAAAAUUGUUGAUUGUUGCUAAGAAGAAUAUUCAUCGAGCCAAAAUAAUUAUGAU